AUGGAUAUAGCUGAAAGUAAUAUUACACCUGCAGGGAAAUCAGGACAAGUCCUAGGAAAAAUCUCUUGCCUGAACUUUCUAGCAAGAGAUGUGCUUCUGAAAAGUGAUCUGGAUAAAGGAGGUUUGGAGGAGUAUGUGCUUGGACUGACCUCUUUAGCAAAAGACCUGAGCAGAUCUCUCAGCCAGCAGCUGGAGAAUGCUACAGAAAUUAUUCAAGACAUCUGCCACUUGCUGAGUGCUCUCCAUGAUAAAGACAAGGAAUUGACUGGAAGUCCAGGGAAAAAAGAGUGCAGUGGAAAAUUUCAUGGAGGUAGCUCUGUUACUGAAAAGCCUCCAGACCUGGCUUUUCAGGAUGCUCUUACAAGCAAUGAGGAAGACAUUCUGUCUGGGACAUUGAAGGGCAUUUAUGACAGAAGCACCACAAAUUCUUUUGAACAGAGGAAAAAGGAAGAAAUAGCUUGUUUUAUUGAAGUCCCUGCAACUGUUUUGGAGAACCUGAAGUGUAAUAUACUCAAUCACACUAGUUCCUUGGUGGUGGAUGAUUCUGAGGAGCUGCUCAGCAAUGUCCUCAGUAUCGAAUGUUAUGAUUAUGAAAAACUACUUUUCCCUAUCAACAUUGCAAUCCCAUUUACUUCAUGCUUCAGAGUAAAUUAUCGGGAGAUUAUGGUGAAGGUGACCAAUACCAACUUCCAGUCAAACUACUUAACUCCUAUUUCUUUGCAAGGAUACCAGUGAAACCGUAAGGAAAGCUUUGCAGAAGUAAAAAUGUAUUAUCUGGGUGUUUUUUCUGUGUCGUCAUGCUUAAAGGAAACAUUUACUGUUCCAAAGGCAGGACUCUUACAAUAGCUGAACGUGGAUUCUAGAAUCUCUUUCUGUUACCAUCCAGCAACAUUCAGUUCUCUGGCACCUAUGCAGUUAAAGAUCCAGCCAAUUGAGCCAUCAAUUUCAGCAUUGAAAGCAAGACAUGAUAUGUAUCACUCAGUGAUAUCUAUGAGUGCACUGGUUCAUGUCCAACAUCCUUCAUCCCAACCUUUUAACAGCUCAGUCACUAUUACUCUACCCUGUCCUCCAAACCCAGACAAAAAAAGAAUUAUUUGGCUUUCCAGGGCUGUGAGCACUUCUGUGAGAAAAAGUCAGGACAAUCUCAGUGAUACUUUGAAAUUAUUAGGUCAUGAAAACAAAGAAAAGUGGUGGAAGGUGUUUGAGGAUGUUAUUAUCCAGAAUGCACAGAAUGGGCUUGUAUCUUUUGAACUAAAUGAGCAUUUAGAAAGCUUUGUGGUCAUUUGCCUUGUGUUCCUUUUUGAAAACAGGUAUCUUCUCUUUGCUCAGGCUCUGGAAGAAGCUCUCCAUAGCAUAAUGACUAACGUGAUACUGUAUCACUAGAAAAGAGAAAACCCAUAUAAAAUAGUAGUUUUGCUGUCUACAUCCAGAGAAUUGACCAAUGAACUUCAAAGUCUCCAUGAGGAGGGUUAUUUUGGUCCCCCAGAACCUAUACAGCACUUCCCAUUAAGAUAAGGACAGCAGAUUCAUUUUAGAUUUAGAGGAAAUAUUUCUGCUUCAGGGAAUGGAGAGGACUUCAGGAAAGUCUACAGAUUGAUUUUUCAUUCACAAAGACAACCAAGGCUGGAGCUCCAAAUUAAAGAAGUGGAUGAAUUUGGUAACCACAGUUCACCUCAUUACAAAGGAACAGCAGUGUUUUAUAAAAUUAGCAGAGAGAUGAUGCCAAAGAAAUGGGAACAAACCUUACCAUAUAAUGAAUAUCAACACCAGUCACCACUGUGCAAAUUAGCAUUAACAUUGCCAAAGCAUGAAAAAUUGAUCCACCAUCCACGAAGAACAAAAAGAAUUUUUUCUGAUUCAUCAGAGGCCCUUUGGGACAAGUUGCUGUUCUGGCUUGCACAAGAGCUUGCAGAAGAUAAUACAUCAUUGUUUGCUUUAUGUUUACCUGUCUACAGUGUGCUUUAGCUUGUUAGGCUGAAAUGCCCUGAUAAUUUAACACACCAGAUGUAUGAGCUGCUUUGCUGCUGGAAAAAGACCCUUCCAAAGUCAACUGAUAAACAGCAGCUCUUGUCUCCAUAUUUGCAGAAGAGUAGCAGAAGUGAUCUUUUAGAAGAACUUCAUUUAAAGUCGCAAAAUAAGGUGUUCACCUGA